AUGAAGGUCUCGAUUGUGGAACGAUUCAACCGUACGUUGAAGAACGACAUGUGGAAACAAUUUACACUUAACGGAACCUACAAAUGGAUUGACAUACUAUCGCGUCUUCUUGUGGAGUACAACGCGAGAAAACAUCGAACUAUCGAUAUGCGACCUAUCGAUGUUACUCUUGCAAUCGCUGAUAAACUCUUAAUCACGGUGUACAGCAACGUAAAAAUCGCUGGACCAGCACGAUUCAAAGUAGGCGAUCCGACGACUUAUCUCGUGACGUAUCUGCUUGAGGAUUCACGCGGACAAUCUGUUGCUGGAGGAUUCUACGAACACGAACUGCAUCGCGUUGCAAAUCCAGACGUUUAUCUCGUUGAAAAAGUAUUGCGCAAGAAAGAUGACAAAGUUUAUGUGAAGUGGCUGGGAUUAGACAAGUCGUACAACUCUUGGAUAGAUAAAACUAAUGUAUUGUAA